AGUGUGACGUCAGCACGUUGCCAGCGUCGCGGCGACAGCCCGAAGUUUGAGCGACCGAGCCAAAGGGGGAAGCAAAAUGGCGGAACUCGAAGAUGUUACGCUAGAUGGAAAACCGCUUCAUUCGCUUCGUGUGGCGGAUUUAAAAGCUGCCUUGGAGCAACGAGGGCUGGCCAAAAGUGGGCAGAAAAAUGCGCUCAUCAAACGACUAAAAGGGGCACUCAUGUUGGAGAGCCUGCAGCGAACCUCCACCUCUCAUCCCGGCCUGCAGCCCAACUCGCAGAUAGGGGAGGAGAUGAGCCAGAACAGUUUUAUUAAACAGUACCUGGCCAAACAGCAAGAGCUCCUGCGUCAGAGAAUGGAGAGAGAGGCACGGGAGGCAGCUGAGGCAGAUGACACAGACAGCCCUGCAGGCCCUGAGGAGGACGAUCACACAGCUGCCAACGACAGCACCUCCUACCUGCCAGACAAGCAUCACGUUGUAGCAUCUCGGCCCUCUGUGCCAGAGGAUGGAGGAGGUGAUCAGCUGGGUCCACAGGAUCCAGUGGCUCUGGGAGGCCACAGGCUGGACGCAGGCAAUGCUUCAGUAUCACAUGAUUCCACUGAUGUCCCCACAGCCAAGAUCUGGCGCCCCUCAUUCUCCCAGGAGGAGGUUGCCACUCCCUCCCCUCCCCGUGCAGUUGCCUCUCUUUCUGUGCGUGUGGUUGGUCAGCCAGAGCGACAGGGCGUACCCCUAAUUGUACCUCGCCCACAACAAAGAGAAGGAACUGCCCCUGUAGAAGCAGGCCCUGCCCAUCCGAUGCCACAGCUCAGCCAGUCUGCUCGCACUCAAGAGGAGAGCGAUGAAGACGAUGAUGAUGACGACGAUGACAGCGAUGAGAAUGAUGACUGGGGUCCUUCAUCUCGUGGAAGAAAGAACAUCCACACACCACCAGCGCAGCGCUCGCGACGCAAGCUUCAGCCUCCUCAACACAUUCCACCCCAUCAUUCUCCAUUGCAGCUCCGACAGCCCACUCCUCCUCCCUCUCCACCCCCAGAGCUCUCCUUCCCCCUGCCUGACACCCCCAAACAAAGUCCCCCAGAGCAGGACGAGCCUGAACCCCCAGAAGGGGCCGCUGUGUCCUCUCCAGUUUCCCUGCAGAGACAAGAAUCAAGCUCCAGCUCCAGAUCCAGCAGCCCUGAGCCUCCGUCCCAGCGCAGGCCUGGGCCACUCAGUCUGCUGGUACGCAAGAUGGAGUCCGAGGGGGCUUUUGAUGGUGGGCAGAAGAAAGAUGAGGAGGAAGAGGGAGAGACCGCUGCGGCAAUAGUAGAACAGGUAGAGGCUGGACCUGGGGUGCUUGUGUUUUCUAGAGGAGUGAAUGAUGAUGUUCACACUAGUUGUGAUUCUGAGGUGGUUCCUGAUGAAGAUUCACCCCAAGAGCAGCUGCCUGAGGAGCCUGAGUCUCUACCCACUAUGCCCUCUAUCACUGAAAGCAGCCCUCAGGGGUCAGUGGAGAUGAAAGAAGCCGCGGAGGAACAAGAAAAAAGUUCUCAGCUGGACGAAGAAGAGAAGCAAGAUGACCAGGAGGGCUGUAGUGAGGAGAAAGAACAGGAGAAAGAACAGGAGAAGGAGGCUGAGGAGAGCUUUAAUGUAUUAUCAUGGAAACGUGAGCGAGAGACAUCUCCGUCUCAGGAUUCCGCUGACUUUCAUCAUACGUCGCCUCCCCCUUCCCUGCCCGCUCCUGCAAAACGAGCACGCAUCUUCUCUGAAGUUCCCCCACCCGAAUGCCUCAUGUCUCCUUCCAAACCGGAGCAGGUGUCAGUCCUUGUGUCAGGACCUCAGCAUGCAGAUGCAGAUGAUGAAAUGGAGACAGAAGCUUCUGCUGCACCUUCUCAGUCCUCACCUGAAAAGGAGCAUGACGAGGAAAUGAAGGAGGUGGAAACAGAGAAGCAGGAAUCUGCAGAGGCAGAUGAAGCAACAGAAGACAUUAACAUUAAGCCUCCUUCCUCACUUCCUCCAUCUCCACCACCAGAACAAGUGGACGUGGAGAGAGAAAGAGAGGGAUCUGCAGAAAGGGAAAGAGAGGGAUCUGCAGAAAGGGAAAGAGAGGGAUCUGCAGAAGGAGAAAGAGAGGGAUCUGCAGAAGGAGAAAGAGAGGGAUCUGCAGAAGGAGAAAGAGAGGGAUCUGCAGAAGGAGAAAGAGAGGGAUCUGCAGAAGGAGAAAGAGAGGGAUCUGCAGAAGGAGAAAGAGAGGGAUCUGCAGAAGGAGAAAGAGAGAUACCCGCAGAGAGGGAAAGGGAGAGAUCCGCUGAGAGGGAAAGGGAGAGAUCCGCUGAGAGGGAAAGGGAGAGAUCCGCUGAGAGGGAAAGGGAGAGAUCCGCUGAGAGGGAAAGGGAGAGAUCUGCUGAGAGGGAAAGGGAGAGAUCCACAGAGAGGGAAAAAUCACCUGAACAGCACUCAUCCCCCUCCAGCCAGUCUUCAUCCUCUGACUCUGAUUCAGAAUCCUCUUCCUCCAGUUCCUCAGGCUCCUCCCCACAGGACAAACCCAGACCACCCAUUCAGAAUAAGGUUGAAGAGAAAAAAGCAAGCAGCCCAGAUGAGGCAACAGAGGAGAAGGAUGAACCUUUAAGGGAUGUAAAGCAGGCCACGGUUGCUGAGCCCACAGGUCCCGUCUCUAUGGAGCUCCAGGAACAACCCGAGUCUGAGAGUGCACUGGCUCAUCCUGCCUCACAGGAGGCGCCUGAGACCAGCGAGUCCCGUCCUGAUGAGAGCACCACUCCAAAAGCGUUUGCUGCACGCAAGAUUUCACUUACUACCACUAAACCAGAAGGAGCAGGAGUGGAGGCGGAGUCUGGGGGCGGAGCUGGUAGGAAGAGGAGGUGGGGCUCCAGUACAGCAGUCACUGCCAAAAAGCCAUCAAUCAGCAUCACCACUGAAUCACUGAAGUCUUUAAUCCCAGACCUUAAGCCGCUGCAAGAGGCUGUGGUGGACCUGCACCCAGAUGAGGGUCGUUUCUCCGGGGAUGAGGACUCGGGUCAGCAGCCUGAACGCGACGAGGACCAGGGGCUUCAGAUCAGACGUACUGUAACACAGGUGGUUCCAUCAGAAAGUCAAGAGAAUGGGCAGAAAGAAAAGGAGGAGGAUGAAGAUGAGGAUGAAGAGCAGACAGAAGGAGAGAAAGAGAAACCCCCCAAGAAACAGAGGAGGGAGAGCUCAUCAGAGGUUGCCAUGGAAACACAGGAGGGUGACACUAAGAAAGUGACCCCUAACGACUCAGUGGUGCGGCGCUCCAUCAGUCAGCAGAAAGUGGCUGUGUCCAUCACCAUCGAUGACCCGGUGCGCACGGGCCGCCAGCUCUCACCUCCCCGCGGCAAAACAUCCAACGUCAUCCAUGUCUGUAACCUGGUUCGUCCCUUUACUUUAGGCCAGCUGAAGGAGCUGUUGAAUCGGACCGGUACAGUGGUGGAGGACGGCUUCUGGAUCGAUAAGAUCAAAUCCCACUGCUAUGUCACUUACUCCAGUACAGAGGAGGCUGUCGCGACACGUGAAGCUCUCCACGGUGUGAAAUGGCCCUCUAGCAACCCCAAAGUGCUCCGGGUGGAUUUCUGUGAACAGAAGGAGCUGGACUUCCAUAAAGGGCUGCUGACAGGUGAAGACCCACGAGCCGUUGCAGCCCCGAACCGCCCUCCAGCCCCUCCCCCACUCAUGCCCCCGACCCGGGAGAAAGAGCGGGAGCGGGAGAAAGAUGGCGCUCCGGCAAAUGUGAGGGACCAGUGGGCUGAGAGGGAGCGAGAGAUGGAGCGCAGAGAGAGGACGCGCUCGGAGAGAGAGUGGGACAGGGACAAAGUGCGAGACUUCACCAGGGACGAACGGGAAGCAGCCAGGAGAUCACGAUCACGUGAGCGGGACAGGAGACGCAAGGAGCGAGGAAAGAGUAAAGAGAGGAAGUCAGAGAAAAAAGAUAAACCAGAGGAGCCACCUGCCAAGCUUCUGGAUGACCUUUUCCGCAAAACCAAAGCAGCUCCAUGUAUAUACUGGCUGCCACUUACUGAAGAACAGGCGACUCAGAAGAGCCUGGAACGAGCGGAGAGGAUGAAGGAGCGGGAGAAGAGGAGGAAGGAGCUGCAGGAGGAGGAGGACAAGAAGCGUGAGGAGGAGAGGAAGGAGAGAGCACGAGGCCGAGAGAGAGAUGGAGGGAACACGGCGAGCAGUGGAGGAGGCUCAAGCCGUCCAGCUGAAGGAGAGAAGGACAAAGAGAGGGAGAGGGAAAGAGAGAGGGAGCGGGAACGGGGUAGAGAGAAGGAGGGAGAGAAAAGGAGAGACAGCAACAGAGGCCGAGGCAGCGACUCCAAGCCAGCGGGGGGCAGCAGACGCUCACGAAGCCACAGCAACCCCUCCAGGGACAGACGACGCUGAGAGUGUGAGAGUGUGAGAGAGAGAGAGAGAGAGAGAGAGAGAGAGAGAGAGAGAGAGAGAGCAAAUACAAGCGUGUGUGUGUGGUACUAGGAGGAAGAUGGAUGCCCUUUCUUGCCGACUGAGGCCAAACUAUGAAGCAAAAGUUCCAAUCCUGAAAAUCUUCAUUGUUUCAUAUGCAUACACUUUGGUAGCGUUUCACACAUUCGGUCACAUCUGCUGUACAUCCUUCUUUCAGGACUUUCAGGACAUUUUUUUUUAUUAUUAUUAUUAGUUCCAUUUUUGUGUUGUAGAAAUCUUUUCCCUUUUUUUGUGAUUUUGCAGUUGAUUACUGUUUCUCUGGUCUUAAACAGAUUUGUAUCAAGGGCUUGCGCUGAUUCAUUUCCUCGUAAUCAUACAUUCUCACACAUGGACAAGGCUAGUCCGUCAGCAGGGUGAUUAUUUUUAAUGCAUCAUUUUCUCACAUCUUUUGUUCUUUUAAGCCCUUGAUUAUUUUUUAUUUAUAAAUUCUAAUUGGAGUCAGCUGUGGCAGUCAACUUGCCAAGUAGUUCCCUAUAAAAUAAUUAUUUUAUUCAUUCUGAGACUUUUAAUUAACUUUGGUUGACCAAAAUAUCCCCCUAAGCAUCGUUUUGGCCAUCGAGUCGGGCUAAUUGUGGUGUGUUUGGGCAGCGGCCUCACCCUUCCAGACCCUUCUGCACUGAAUGGCUGACUACUGCGUAUCUGUCCGGUGUUAACUCUAGAAAGGUGCUGUUAUGAAGGAUAACAGGUGUUUAACACGUCUCGUCUCUCCCCGUCCUACUGCUGCCUCCAUCCUUGCGUCUCCCUGUCCCUCCCUGUGUUCUCCUGUUGGGAGUCUGUAGUCCUCUCAAUUCUUUAGUGUUGUACUCCAAGAUUCAGAUAAGGGAGAAAACUAACCGUUAUAGACGAGAGGAAUGAUACAUGUUUUAAUGAUGUUUUAACUUCUUUUUUUUUUUUUUUUAGUUUGAAAAAGAGAAAUUCCUAUUUGCUUUUUGAUUAUUUUUUCUGAGUAUGCCGAAUGUACAAAGAAUAAAAAAGUGACUAAAGGAAA